AUGCACAGCUGUGAUCCCGAGGAAGAGGAAGGGGAUUCUGUCGUACCAAGAACAGAGCGGAGGCGCUCCACGCCUGCGGGAGAGGGGACGACACCCGCUUGA